AUGAAUGUGUGUUCUCCUUCUAAAGUUUAAGGGCCGGCCCUUUUAAGAAAUCCCUUUCAACAGGUUCGCUCUGUAAGUACUGACUGCAAGUAUGCCACUUGGUAGUCACCUAAAAACAAAGAGAAUCUCUCUCCAAACUAAUAAAGAGUGGAUUUAGUUAAAAAGAUUAUAGUUCUGCUCGAAGAAAAUGAGAAAUCAGCAGAACUCAUUAAAUAGCUUCUAACCAAGGAAUCAAGAUAUUAGAAACAAAGAUCAUGCGAUUAAACUGAAUUGUCUCAAUUGAGAGAUGAAGUUGCUAUCCUUAAAGAAUAAUUGAUUAAAUCUGAUGAGGAUAGAAUCCUCACAGAGACCAAAUACUAGGCAGUUCUCAAAGAAUUAGAUUAUAAGGAUUAAUAAAUUGAGAACAAAAAGGAGACUAUUGUAGCAUAGGAGGAACACAUCAAAUAAUUGUUAGAGAGAAAUGCUGAAUUAACAGAAUAAUUGAAAUUCAGUCAAGAUGAAUUGAAUAAUUUAGGUGAUAUCGAUGAAAAGAUAGAUUUUAUUCUAAACGAAAAUGAGCAAUUAAAAUUAUUAAGUGACAAAUUACAAGAUUAAUUAAGUGCAUCUGAAGAAUAACUAUUUAGAUUUAGAUAAAAAAUAGACUAAUUGCAAUCAUAGGAAACUGAAAGAAGUGACGGGACACUCAAUGGAUACAAGCAAAAGAUAAGAAAUCUGGAAACCAAAUUAGCUGUCCUAUCAGAAGACAAUGUUCGGAGAAGACAAAUUGUUUGA